AUGGAGUCACCAAUUGAUCCUCAAACCCUAACCCCCAAUCCAUCAAAAAACUCACCAAAAAAUAUGGAAAAACAAGAGAAGUUGAAUCUGGUGUUGGAUCUAAGCCUCUCAAGCAAAGAUUUAGAGCCACAAAGCAAUCGAGUCUUCUCAUGCAACUACUGCACCAGGAAGUUCUACAGCUCGCAGGCCCUCGGCGGCCACCAGAACGCCCACAAACGCGAGCGCCGCCUCGGCCUCCACGACCGCUACUCCCCUCUCCCUCUCCAUACCGUUGUGGCCCCACCGAUUAGGUUCAAAUUUGGGCGGAGGCCUCUCGCUGUCGCGGCCAAGGGCAGCGCUGCAGCUUGGCUCGGCCGCCGAUGGGCGGCCGCGCCCCAGCUAAAGACCGGCAAUCAAGAAGAGUUGAAAUACUUGGAUUUGUCUCUUAAACUUUAA